AUGGCGGUGCACAAGAUCGACCAGAUAUCCGCCAAGGUCCCCUUCUCCAUGAUGCUCCUCACCGACCUCGUCAAGAGCCGCAAGGUCCCGCCAGAGCACCGCUGCAGGAUGGUGGUGCCGUGCUCGGGCCCGGUGUCGGUGAGUCUGUGGGACACGAGCGACGCCGCCGCGCUCCUGGCGUGGCUGGACGAGGGUCUGUCGGGGUACUGCGAGAGCGAGGUGCACCCCGUGGUGGAGGAGCACUGCAUCGGCCUCGCGCUCGAGCUCACGCGCGCGCGCGCCGCGGAGCAGUUCGAGAACCGCACGAGCAAGGCCGUGCACGCGGUGGACAAGAUCGCGCGCGGCACCGCGGACCGCAUCGCCGCGAACCCGCACGUGCAGGAGAUGCACCAGCGCGUCAACACCUACGCCGAGCGCGGGUCGCACGCCGUGCACGCCGCGGGCGAGAGGGCGCGCGCCCUGGGGGAGAAGGCGAUGCAGAACGAGCACGUGGCGACGGGCGUGCGCACGAUCCGCACGAGCGCGACGUGGGCGCAGCAGAAGAUCGGGACGUUCGGGAGCUUCCUCGCGCGGCAGGCCAACUCGGUGGUGCACUCGGCCAAGGAGUACAACGACGACGGUGACGGAGGGGCCGCCGAGCGGGAGGAGGGGCCGCCGGGCAGCGCGGGGCCGCCGGACGACGCCGCGCCGUCCGCGCCGCCCCCGCCGCCGGCCGUGGCGCACGGCGGCGACGACCUCGGGGACGACUGGCUGACGGCGGACGACGGGGGCGGCGCGCAGGAGCUCGACGCAGCCGCGAAGCCCCCGCCCGCGCAGGGCUGA